AGACGCAUGCGCAUUGUUACCUGUUUCCUCAUGAAAUGUGUACCUGCGCUCUAAUCAGCCACUGAAAUUCGUAUUGUUGUCCGUCGGUUGAGCAGUUUGGACUAUUUACCUGGCACAAACAUCACCUCCCACCUUGAUAAAGACACCUAGCUUUGUCUUAACCUUCUGGACAGUGAAUUUCCGAGAAAGUCUACAUGAAGUCGGAGUAGCGGAAGACGGCGGAAGGUGCAAGCAGAAAGCGGGUAAAUAGUGGGAAACUCCACGGAAACCUGUACAGGUACAAAAAGUUUGCGAAGAGGUGUAUGCUUGGAGUGAAGAAAUUGGUUUUGCGUUUCCAAUCCGAGGAUAAGGCAACUAAAGACACAUCCAAGGAGGACAUUGCACUUAAAUUGCGUUGUGGAAAGUUUUCCUGAAAGUAGGUCGGCGUAAAAACCUGCAGUUUAAUUUUGAGAGAUAGCGGGGAAGACGUCGGGAAUAGACCAUGCCACGAGCUUUCCUGGUGAAGAAAACGGGAAAUUCACCCGGCAAAAGAAACUGGAGCGAUCUACCGGACCACGAACGUGGGGACAUUUAUAUUCCAGUCUCCAUGUCUCCUGUUGCCUACCGAGAGGAGACCGAAGCCAGUCCGGCAGAGGUGCCGCUGUGCCUGUCCACACGCAAAGACCGAAACAUGUACACCCACAGCCAGAUGUACACCAAUGACCCCGGAGCCGUGGUUCCUGUGGCCGAGCUUCCAUCAUGCACCGCUCUAGGCCAGAGUCCAGAGACCGAGCACAUCCGAAGCACACAAAACAAUACCUAUGUGCGCACUAAAAUAAAGGUCACUACAGGUGAGCUUCCCACUGAGGCGCCUCCGGUUGUGCCCAGUGUAACUACAAGCCCACCGGUUUCCAUAGCGACGCAUUGCUCUCCUCCUGUCACGAAACUGCUAACGGUGCAGUCGAGUGGGGGGACGUACGUUUGCCAAAUAUGUCAGAAAGUGUUCCAGUUCCAGCGCAUGCUAAACCGACACCUGAAAUGUCACAGCGAGCAGAAGAGGCACUUGUGUGAUUUCUGUGGAAAGGGCUUCAACGACACCUUCGAUCUCAAGAGGCACGUUCGCACACACACCGGUGUCCGUCCGUAUAAGUGUGAGCUGUGUGAUAAAGCCUUCACCCAGCGCUGCUCUCUGGAGUCCCACAUGAAGAAGAUUCACGGUGUUACGCAGCAGUACGCUUACAAAGAGCGACGCAGCAAACUCUACGUCUGUGAAGAGUGUGGCCACACCGCGUCUACCCAGGAUGCACUGCUGCGCCACCUGCACACCGAACACCCAAAUAGUGCCUUCCUGCGGGCCAAAGGAGCACGCAGACACUCGCCAUCCUUGAACGACACCAAAGAUGAGACGUCCCAGCCUGGCUCUCCUCUCUCUCUUAACAGCGAUGAUAAUGCAGAGUCUUGAGGUUUCCUGAAAUAUCUAUAUUUUUAUACAUGUGUAAUAGGAUGUGAUUUAAUAUGCAUUCUGAUGAUUUAUUGUUUCGUCAAAGGAAAUUUAAAAAGAGGAGCAAAAUGCUGUAAUGAGAUUCAGUUUACACUUGUGCUGUACUGCAGUCUUCCAUAUGAAAAGCAGAUGAUGGCAGCGAAAGCGUGCACUACUUCAGUUUACAUAAUGUUUUAUACAAACUCAGGAGAAACACAUAACUGAAUGUGGUAAUAAAGGGAUAGUUCACCCAAAAAUAACAAGUCUCUCAUCUUUAACUCAUUCCCACUGGUUCCAAAUCUGUCAUUUUGACUAAUUUUGGAAACUGGUAGCCAUUGACUUCCAUAGUUUUUGUUUGUUUGUUUUCCACGUAGUGGCUGCUGGUUACUAGUGUUUUUAACAGAAAAAAAAGAAACUUGUAAAUGUUUGAAUCCACGUGAGAGUGAGAAAUUAGUGGCCAAAUGUAAAUUUUUUGGAGAACUGUCCCUUUAAAUAAAUGGUCUCAAACUCAAUCCUGGAGAGCCACAGCUCUGCACAGUUUAGCUUUAACCACCUCCAACUCACACCUGCUUAAUAGUCUCUAGUAGUCUUGAAGGCCUUGAUAAGUUGGAUUAGCUGUGUUUGAUUAGGGUUGAAGUGAAACUGUGCAGAGCUGUGGCCCUCCAGGAAUUGAGUUUGAGACCUAUGCUUUAAAUGAUUCUAUUUAUACUGUGUGGGAUGAUCAUUUUAUGUAGCGCUGUUUCAACUGAUAGUUAAAUAUCAGUGAUCUCUGAAUGUUGGGAUUUCGAAAGGGACUUCAUUUUGUGUCGUUAAUCACUACCGUAUGUAAUAUAUUUGCAUAAACUUUAUAUAAAAGAUUUAUAUUUAUCCUGGUGUAGUUUUUAUACUUGGGUAUGUUUGAAUAUUUUUGCUCUCGAUUUUAUAUGUACAACUUCACAUUCUUGUCAUACUUGUCUCUUUUGCGUUGCAUUUUUUUAAUACUUUUUCUACGUCAUAUAUAUAAUAACAUUACCUUCUUGCCUCUGUUAGAUGAAUUAAGUAGACUUUGUGGCAUGCAACUUUGAUGAUCCUCAUAACACACCUUCACAAUAAAGGCUUUUUGGGUUUUUUAAAAAGAAAA